UCCAGUGUCCCUGUAACCUAGCAACAAUGGGAGCCUUCAUUGGGUGGGUUCUCUGUUGUGCUGUGGUCUCUGUGUGCUACACUCUACAACUCCACCAUGAUGACUUCACUACUUGGUUGCAAAACCUAGAUGAACACCAGGAUGGCGGUGGUAACCUGUGGGUAGCCUACCUACAUUACCUAGCACAAAAUUCCACCGGAGAGGCAGGGUGCUACGUUUGUUCCAGACUUCCACUUAGCUCACACCAGCCUACUCUGACCUAUGAACCAAUGACRGCAGAGGAAGCGGAGUGUUUCCAGAGUCGAUCUUUAGGGGGUAAGAACACUGCCCUCAGAUACUCAUCUACUAAUCCCUCUGAUAUUGUUGAAGUUCACUCCGCCCAGUGUGACAGAUUUCCUGCAGUCCUGAAGUGGGAGGGAAACACAKCUCCCCGUACUUUUUGGACUGAACGCCGACCCGAUAUGAAACAUCCUUGCUGCUGGACUCAAGRAUCGGUUGUUAGCGGUACAAAACUCGGUAACACCUCCUCCUGCAGCAACACCUUCCUGAUGUCACGUAUCGGUCCGAGUAAUAUCGCCGUGCCUCGAUUCUCGACUCCUGGAGCAAUGUGGCUCUGUGGUCAUAAACUAUAUGACUUUCUACCAGGAGAAUUUCAGGGUCGCUGUGCACCUGUGUGGGUGUCAGACGGAACCACUAUCAUCAGUCGUCGACCAGCUUCAUCAUCAUCGGGUAAACGGAAACGUGAAGUAUUGAACUUUAAGCCUCAUGACUCAGUCUGGGGGACUGACGUUCCUCCAGAACACAAACACUGGACUGAUGGACAAAAGGUUACUCUUGCUUUGUUUCCAUGGAUAGGUGUGGCAAAGAACAUUCUGCGUUUGGAAACGCUCUCUUACAGAUUUCAUGCAUUUGUGAACAUCACAAUGGACAUUGUUAAAGGACAACAGAAGGAAUUGGCAGCCAUUAGGACAAUGGUACUGCAAAACAGAAUGGUAUUAGAUAUGCUGACAGCCUCUCAAGGUGGAGUUUGUACAUUAAUUGGUAAAACUUGUUGUAUUUAGGACAUAAAAUGUUGAACAGGGGGGAAUGUUGGGUAAAAUUA